ACGAUAUUGUUCAUGGAUUUAAAAUUUAAUAAUGUAAAAUAUUCAGCGUAACUAUGUCAUAAUGUCGGUUACUUAAAUUUACUUAACUGUUUGUAUUUAAGUUAAGUCAUGUCAUUUAUAUCGAAAAGAGAACGAGUAUUUAACGAGUACGAUCUCGUGGACUUGCCCUCAAGGAAUGAAGGAAAACUGAAAGCUUAUUCAUCAUGCACGGACGCGAGAGCCUGGUCACAUUUUUGUUCGGACAAAAGUGACCACUUGGUGGAAAUCAUAAAACGUAACAAUGACACCUGUAGGCCAAAAUAUAUACCUACCGACGUCAUAGUGAACACACUUAUGGUUACGAAGAAUACAGAAAUUAAUCGUUUGAGACGGAAGAUCGAAGAAUUUGAACAGUUGUUAGCAGCAUACGAUCAGCUUGAACUUACAAAUGAUCAAAAGAACGAGAUAGCAAAUGCUCAUGCAGCUAUAAAAGCUGCUAAUAAACAACUAGAUGAUAUGUGUUUGGAUCUAGAUCUGUCUGGAUUUACAGAGGGUAUUGAUUCUGAAACUUUUGAGACGGGAAAAUCAAGAGGAGAUGAGAUAAUGCGAUUUCCAGACUUUGAGACAAGCUCAUCAAUCGCAACCGAGAGGUCUGUGGACAAAUCUUUUUAUCCGAGUAAAGAAACACAAACACAAGGUGAUCAGAGUGGACCUCUUACCUGUCCAUGUGAUGCAAGCACUGUUGUUCAUGAUCCAAGGAUUGAAGAAAUGAAAGAUACCAUAAUCAGAAAAGACGCUAAAUUGAAUGCGAUGCGAAAUACAAUUGCUGUAAUGGAAAAUGAUGUAUGUGAACCUUAUUGCAUAUAUGCUCAUAUUUACACAGCAUUAGAAAAAAUAUUUGGUACUUUAUGUCAAAAUGAGAAGUAUAAACACUAUCUCGAUCUCUUGACAUCGGGAAAAGAUACACGAAAUAUCGACAUUAAAGGAAAGAUCUUUUAUAAAUUGAAAGUAUUGGAAAAAUUCUGUUGCGCCCUAAUUUCACCUUGUUCAAAAGAAUGCUCGUGUUAUCAUACGGAAAUAAUUUCAAGAGUAGAAACUGCAUUCGCAGUUACUACACAAGGAAACUUUGAAAUAAACAUCGAUAGUAAAAGAGCACAUCUUGUAGCAGAUAUAAUAGGAAACGAUGAGAUGAAAGAAAUUCUAAGCAAAAGUAAUACGUCUGGAGAAGAAGAAGAGGCUUUGGCAAAUGAAACUUUGUUUAUUAACAACUGCUGUAGUAUAGAAGUACAAAAUUUGCAUCGGUUAAAGAAUUUACAGGCUUGCUAUGAUGAACUUCUUCUGUGUUAUGAUGAAUUGAAAUAUGAAAAAAAUUGUUUGACACAAAAAUGUCUUAAAUAUGACGAACUUGAAAAAGAAUAUGAAACAUUAAAAAACAAAUUAAAUUCGUACAAUAUGCUACUUACGGAAAAAGAAUAUUACAAAAAACGUUCGGAAGAUCUCGAUGAUCUUAAAGAGAAAUUUAUAGUACUGGCUGAUGAAACAUGUACUUUGGAAACGCAGUUACGUGCUCAAACUGAAAUUAUCGAUUCAAAAUCAUCUAUGUUGGAACAGAUCAGAAGCGAAAAUAUAUCACUGCAAAAUAAAUUAAGCGAAUCUUCAACUGAUUGGGAAAAGGAAAAGCAUUCGUUAAUUUGUAAAUUAAAAGAAAAUGAAUGCAAGAUUAUGUGUCAAGAUCAACAAAUAGAUACUUUGACAGUUGAGAUAAACAAGUUUCUAAGGAAAAAUAAAGACAACGCCGAAAGAGAAAGUCAAUACGAGGUAGAAGAAUUAAUACAGCAAAUAAAUUUGCUAAAACAAGAAGUUAAAAAUCUUAAAGAUACACUCUACUAUAAAGAGGAAGAAAGUAACCAAAUUAAAAAUGAAUUCCACGAAAAACUUAUGAUUGGUAAUCUAGAAAUAGAGAAAUGGAAAGAAUUAAAUGAAAAGAUGAAUAAACGUAACGAAAAGUUGGAGACAUUAAUGUUCGAAUUACAAGAUUGUGUAAAAAAUUUAACCAAUGAGAAUCAAGAGCUACUUAAUGAAAGGAAAGAUUUAAAAGAUGAAUUAAUUAACAAAUGUUUAGAGACGAAAAGUUUGAUGAUGGAAGCAGACAGCAUAAGACAGGAAAAUAGUAAUCUUGUUAAUCAGUUACAGGAAAUGAAUCAGCUUUUUAAUGACAAAAUUCAAGAACUAGAAAGUGAAAAAAAAGAAGCACUUAAUUCUUUAAAUCUGGCCAGUAAAGAAAGUAAAUUAUUAUUAGACACUAUUAGUAGUUAUGAGAAAUUAUCAGUAAAUAGUGAGAAAAUUGACGAAAACUUACAGAUAUGUGUAAAAAAAUCAGACGAAAAGGACAUGAGAACGUUAGACAAUCAAAAUAAUGGUAGUGAUGUCUUGUUAAAUGAAAUCGAUAAAUUUGUCGCACUUAACACCGAAGGUAUUAAAAAUUUAAUAAGCCGAAGUCGUGAAAGCAUAAAAUAUUUAGAAGAAAAAGAUAAUGAGGCAUUAGAAAGUAAGCUACGAGAAAUAGAUGAGUUAAAAGAAAAUUUAAAAGCUUCACAAAAUUUGUAUGAAAACCUUGAAAUAGAAAAAAAUGUUCUGUUGAAUAAAUUGCAGGAAAAAACUAUUGAACUUGACAAAGCUGAUAUUCAGAUUAAAGUACUUAAAGAACAAAAAGAGUAUUUUACAACUGUUUUGGAAGAAAACAAAAAAAUGAAAGAAGAGCUGAUAAUGAUAAAACACCGAAACGAUGUAAUGUUCGACGAAAAUAUUAAUUUAAAAAAUGAUUUAUUACUCAAAAAUCAUGAAAUUCAGAAUCAGUUAAAGACAUUAGCUAAGAUGAAAAUAGAAAAGAAACAUUUCAUUUCACUUUCGGAAAGAGUGAAAACUUUAGAACAGAACUAUUUUAAUUUAUGUAGAGAAUAUGAUAAUUUACUUCUCGAAAAGGAUAAUAUUGAAAGUCAAAUAUCUAGACAAACACAAUCAUUACAAACGGAAAAUAUUAAUACUAAGAGCACUCUGAAUGCGAUAAUAGAGGAAAACAAUAUUCUCGCAAAUAAAAUUAACUCGAAAGCAGCCUUAGAAACUGAUCAUGAAGAGUUGAAAAUUGCUUACAAUGAAAUUAAAAAAGAAAAUGAAAAUCUUGAGCUCGAAUUACAAUCGAAAUCGAUUCUUAUGCAAAAUUUAGAAAUAAGAAAUCAAGAGUUACAAGAAGCAACUAAUAACCUAAUGGCAUAUAAUGAGAAUAUUGAAGAUACUUUAAUAAGAGCAAGAGAAGAGCUUCAGCUACAGGUAAAAGUAUCUAACUCUUUACAAGUGGUUGAUAUAAAAAAUGAAGUCGAGAAAAUUAAAAAAGAGAAUUAUUAUAAUCUGAACCGAAUCCAAGAACUUUUGAACGAAUUGAAAGAAUCGGAUCAAACCACAGCUAACCUUCGUAAAAAAAUUGCUGAUCGGGAUGAUAAAAUAGCCAUUUUGGAGAACCAAGUUAAUGAAUUAGGAGAUGAAGUCCAAAGAUUGCAGACAAGCUUAGCUACCAUGUUAGAUAUAGGCGAAAAUAGAGAUAUCAGGAAUCAUGAAAUAGACCAAUCACUGAAGCUAAUGGAAGCACACCAUUCUAAAGCAACUCAUAAUAUGAAAAUUGAAUUGGCAAAAUUAAAGGAUCAGAAUUUACAAUUAGAAGAAAAACUCUCAACGACUAUUAUUGAAGUUGAAACAUCAGCUAAAGAAAAUGAAAGUCGGUUAAGUGGCGAAAUAGAAAUUAUUGCUACCGAUAUAAAGCAACUUGAAAUUAAAUGUGUUGGCGACAGCGCUUUGUCGCCAGAUAAUUGUAGCCUCAAAAGUAUAAUGACGUCGUUGGAAAGAAUUGAUGAUUACAUUGAAACAAGAAAUAAUUCUUGUCAUUUAGUGUUAACCAAAGCUGACGAGGCCAAAAAAAUUGUUGAAAAAGAGAAGCAAAAAAUAUACAAAGAAAAGGAAGAAGCAAUAAAAGAGAAAAUAGAUGCACAAAAAGAAUUAAGUGUUCUUAAGAAAUCGUUAGAGAACCAGUUAUCUAAAGACAAAAGUGUUAUUAAUGACUUAGAAGCUGAAUUACUUAAUCAAAAGCUUUUGAUUGACAAACUUAAACAAUCUGUACGAAUUUAUAUAUUAAAAUUAGAAGAAGAAAUUUGUUCUAUGCAAGACAUGUACACUACAGCAUUAGAUAAAAUAAAUGAGUUAGAAGCUCAAUUAGAAGGUGCAAACAAAGACAAAAAAGAAAAAGAAGAAAUUAUUAAAAAAGUCAGAUUGGAGGUGAAAGAAAAAAGUCAAGAUAUUAAAUCUCUCAGAUCUGUAUUAGACGCUUUAAAGAAUAAAAAAGCUUUCGAUUUUGCUGCACAAACUCAGUUACAAAAUAAUUUAACAAGCAUAUCAACACAAACUGAAAAAUUGGACUUGAAUGAAAUUGAUAGUAGUUAUUUACCUGAGACUACUAUGAAUAAUAAAAUUAUUGGCGGGUUCGAAGAAGGAAGAGUGCUCGAUAAGCGAUCCGAUGACUGUAUGGUACCAAAAUCAGAUAAAAAAGAAAGUCCGUUGCUAACUAACGUACAACCUGAUAUCAACGAAGUUCAAAUUUUAGCAACAAAUGUAGAGCCAACUUUAGGAUUUGUAAAGAAUGCAUAUGUACACUAUAAAAUUAAGAAACUAAGUUUUACAGCAAUGGAACAAUACUCUGUUUCAUGUAUUAGCAACGAAGAUACAUUAGAUUCUGUGAGUAAGCAAUCAUGUCAUGUCAAUGAAAUGAAUUCAAGCCCGAUUAAUAAUGUGACAGCAUUAGAGAUGGCUUCUAAAGGAUCAUCAUAUAAAAUUGCUGAUAAUGAUUUAACUUCAUUCAGUUUAAUUUCAAACAUGGAAAGUGACAAAAUUCGCAUUGGUACACCAAACGUUGCCAAGGUGAAAAAAACUAGUAUUGAUAAUAUUUUUGCUAUUACUAGCGAAAGUAAUGAAAUGAACCUAUCAUUAACUCAUUCAAAUAUUGUUACUAAUAAGGAUUUUAUUAUUAUAUAUCGAGACUCCGAUUGUGAGAACGAAAGUAAGAUCAAUACAGAUAUUCCGAGAGAAAAAACGAGAUUCAGUGAAUCAGUAUAUAAGACAGUUAGCAGAGAAAUAAUACUACCACAAAACGAUUAUUAUUCUGCAAAAGUAAUAUCCGACACAAAAUCAUUUAAAGAAAAUAAAUAUAGUACCGAGAAUGCACUUAAAUCUUUGACUGAUGAAGCCAAAAGUACUUUGCUAGCAUCUAAACCUGUUUAUUCGCACAUCUCUUUAAGCGAAACGACGUUUAUUAAAGAUCUAGCUGUUGAAAAUAAGGUUAGGAAGGCAGAGCAGAAAAAUGGAAUAAAUGGCAGUAAAGGAAUUGAUAGUCGCCUCUCGCAUUCAUUUACUUCUUUAAAGUUAUAUAGGGAAAAUUGUGAACCUAUAGAAAUGAAAGAAAAUCAUAAAGAAGAAAUAAUAUUUAACAGUGUGCCCAAAACUAAGAUCGACUUGUACUUGUAUAAACAGAAUAUGUUAGAUCGCAACAGUAAUUUACAUAACGGAAACAUUAAAAUAAAUGAUUCUGUGGAUACUACCUCGCAGUUAGAUAUAAGAAAAGGAGACAACGCAUUUGGCCAAAGUAUUGAAUACACAACGAAUACAUUAAAUAAAAUCGGAAUUGAAAAUAAAACAGACGUCAAAGGAGAUCGUGAACUAACAAAUACUGAAAUAUUCAAAGAAUUUCUAAAGAGAACGUAUAGCAACGAACAACUUAAGAAGCCGUAUGCUUUUACCAAUAUCCCUAUCAUUGAAAAACAUUCAAACUUGUUGAUUGGUAUACCAAAAGAUUUGAAUAUAAAAUCUAGUAAAAAUGUCACUAAUGUUGACCACAUAAAGACUAAAGAUGUAUCUGUCAUGGUCCAAUUCGAUAACCAACAAGAAAAGAUCAAAUUACUUACAAGUACGCUAGAAAAUAUAGACAGGAGUUACAAAGAAAAGAUUCGGGCAAUCAAAGCACAAUAUGACAAUAACAUUAAAAACAUUAUGAAUGAACAUAACCAAGGAGUUCAAAGUUUGCAAAGUCUUCACGAGGAAACGUUACAGGAUAUUUUAAAGGUACAUGAAAAUGAAACUGAAAAUUUAAGAAGUAUGAGUAUUGAUGCAAUGCGAAAAGUUGAUAGGUUGGAGAAAGAAAACAAGAUUUUAAGAGCCAAAAUUAUUUUGUCUUCGAAUGUAAAUAAGGAUAUGGCGAACGUUUCUUCCAUUGAUGUAAACACGCAGAAUUUAAAGAAGAACUCGAAUUACGAAAUAAAAACAUUAACAAAAACUGAUGUUGAAGAAUUCAACUAUAAUCCAAAAGCAAAGAUACACGGCCCAUGUACUUGUUCCCUCGAUGUCAACAUUUCUGAUACAAUUCGCAAUAUAUUUGAGCAAGUGGAUGUAGAACAAAGAAAAAUUGCUGAACAAGCAUAUUUGAGAUACAUAGCAAACAAAAUAUUAACGGAAAAUAUUGAGGCAUUAGAUGCUCAAGAGCUCUCUUUUCUGCAUUUUAAAAUAUGUAGAACGUGGAAAUCGAUACUCCGUAAAGAAGAAGUUCUCAGUAAAAGAAUAGACUGUUUAGAAAACGAAGUUAUUAACAAACAACGACAAAGGAAUAAACACAUCGCUGAGAUAGAUCGCAAAGUGGCAGAGGAGAGGCGGCGUUUGCAGGAGGUCCGUGAGGCAGUGUGUCGGGACUCGUUUGAAGUACCGAGCAGUCCACCACAACCGACAAGAAGUCAAGACCCCAGUAUGCUGUCGUAUGAAAGUAACGCUCCACGUUCACCUGUCAAUUCUUACAACGUGAGUAUUGAUGAAAGACUUCCUGCCGGGGACCUCGCCCCGGGAUUGCCAUGCUCAGAGCUAAGAUAUCGAAAUUCAAACCGGGAAUCACAAAGGACAAUCUCGGGCAAAGGCGAAGAACGUCGAGAAAAGAAACUAUAUUGUGAUGAAAAACCAACGCGUUUACGACGUACGACAGAUCGACCGAAUCCACGAGCACACAAAAAAUAA